AUGGCUAAUAACAUAUUGGUUUCAAUUAUAUGGCAACUAUUUUGGUGUUCAAUACUCUUCCCAAUUAUUCAUUUCGGAAUAUCUCUUGUCAGAGAAGUGACUCCGAAAAUUGGACAUGAUGAGAGAUUGUUUCCGAGAGAUAUAUUAUACAACACUGACUUGCUCAAUAAGCAUCGUGUAAAAAUAGCAGAUGAAUUAUAUCGAGGAUUCAAAAAGAUCAAACCAAGCCCAGCUAGUGUCGAAGUUCGAGUGGUUGCUUCAAAUCGAGGAAAUGAUUUUUUGUAUCAGACAGUAAUCUUCUUGCUGGAACAACAAGCCUCUUCGUAUCCCAGUUUCAAUUACACCAUGCAAAUCUGCAAUGUGGAAUCUGAAACAUUUUCUGAUCUCAAAAGAUUCGAUAAAAUGGAGAUCCCCAUUUCAACACUCGGGGACCAAUCUAAAAAUGCGAAAUUUCUAAAUUCCACACUCAAAAAAGAGAACGACGACUACUGGAAAUGUAUGGCUCUGACCACGGAUUCUAGAUACAUACUAUUAAUAGAAGAUGACGCAGUAGUGAUUCCAGAAUUUUCCAAUCUUUUGAAAUCUCUUGUCAGGAAGCUAGAUGACCAUGAAUAUGUAGAUUUCGUAAAGUUGUAUCAUCCGAAUUAUUUGAGAAAGUUGCCAUCUUAUGCCUUGAUGGGUGCCGUAUCCAUUUCCUUAUCCUUCUUCUCCUGUUAUGCAAUCAAAUCAUUCUUCAAAACAUUCCCAAUUCUUACAUUCCUGAUUCUCUCCCUUGUUGUGUUCUAUGAUUUCACUACUUACGGGUGUCGUUUAUCUGCCGAUUUCCGUUACUACUUAACCGGUUCUGCCUACUUUUCAUAUCCCGAGUCAUGUUGUACACCUGCUGUGAUAUUCAGAAAAUCUUCUGUGAAGACAAUGUAUGAGUAUUUUAGUAGAUCUGUCGCUUUUGAAGGUCAUGCCAAAGACCACAUUCUCGAUGAAUCACCAUUUACGGGUCGCCAAUCGGAUGUCAACUAUGUCACACAUAUCGGAUCAUUCAGCUCUAUCCGACAGAGAGCAGUUUUUCUUUCUGAUUUGAGAGAUAAUUGA